AGAUAAUAAAUCAAAAUCAAUCCCUCCCUGUUGGCUGAACGCUGAAGACUGAAGCUGGGGCUUCUCCCAUGGUGAUCGCCGAUCACAAUGACGUCCCUCACUGCUAUUGAUCUAAAAAUAUUGUUAACCCACAAUUGUUUGUUGUCUUAUGAGUUUUAUCUGAUGAGUUUCCUGAGGCCCUCAGCAUUGUACGCCUUUCUUAUUACUUGUCCUUCCUUCAGAUGGAUGCCCUGUCAGAGUUGGGGCUUUCUUCGAUGGCCCGGUCUCGAUGGCUUCUUGAGACUUUUGGUGAUGUUCCUUCUCUGGUCUAUGUUUUUGGAGCUUCGCUUCAUACCUUCAUCUUCUAUGUAUCCUACUCUUACUGUCGGCGAUCGAAUAAUUGUUGAGAAGGCUUCAUACUAUAUCAGGAGUCCUGUCGUACAGGAUAUUGUAUUAUUCCGAGAUCCAACACAGCUAUCUGAAGACAAAGCGGCAGAUAUAUUUAUCAAAAGAGUUGUUGCAAAAGCGGGAGAUUUUGUUGAGGUUCAUCAUGGGUCUCUCUACAUCAAUGGUGUUGCUCAGAAGGAAGAUUAUGUAGCGGCACGGCCAACAUAUACAACAAACUUAACUCAUGUACCAAACGGUCAUGUUUAUGUGUUAGGUGACAAUCGAAACAACAGCUAUGAUUCCCAUGUUUGGGGACCACUGCCUGUCAAAAACAUAGUGGGGAGAUAUGUCCUGUGUUGUCACAGACCCACAAAUAUCUGACAAAUUAUAUUGACAUUAAAAUACGCCGUGAGAUUUUCAAAUGAAGCAUUCCCUGUGGUUUGUUGCAUAGAUGUAACAAAAGAUCACAUCUAUACUGUCGAUGGCUAUCAGAUCCUGCGCUCUCUGGAAAAGACAUGGAUAACGUACUUGACUACUUGUAUAUGUUUGUUCCUUCUGUAUCAUAGUGAGAAUGAAACAUACGCCUGUGAUAUUAAACUACCACGCCAUUUUAACAUCAAGCACACUCUUUUUGUCCCAUAAACGAAGCAAUAUUCCAAAUGUCAACUGAUAUUAGUAUUCAUGUAAGGGGAAAAAAAACUGAUAAUAGUAUUGGCAUAUUCAGUUUGCUUGGCAGGCA